AUGACGAUUACACUUGACGAUGUAGCGUGUCUAUUGCAUCUACCUGUUAGGGGUGACUUCUACACUCCGAUAUCAGUUACCAUGGAAGAAGUUGUGGCACUUGCGGCUGAGUUGUUGGGGGUCACUUAUGAGUUUGCAUUCGAGGAGACAUCACAACAGAGGGGUGAAUACUUUACUCAACAAUGGUUGUAUGAGUGUUAUCAGAGGAAUGUAAAUUUAUAUGGGAGAUUUGAUUGUGCUGCCAGGGCAUAUAUGCUGAUGUUGGUUGGAUGUACCAUUUGUACUGACAAGAGUUACACACGCGUAGACGCAAAAUGGCUACCUAUGUUUACAAAUCUGUCUGCAUGCCAUAGAUUUUCUUGGGCCAGUGUUGCGUUGGUGUGUUUGUACGAUAACUUGAAUGAUGCAUCUAACUUUACCACAAAGAGCCUUACAGGGUAUGCGACACUUCUACAGUGUUGGAUUCACGAGUAUUUCCCUAGCCUUGGUAGGCGGGCUGAGUCCGGACUUAGUUGUGAUGAUCCUGGUUUCCCUCGAGCUAUGCGGUGGAAAUAUAAGCAGGGGAAGACAAAACUUCCAGAAUAUCGACCUGUCAUCUCUUCUUCUAUUCCAUGUGACAUAUUUUGCAUCAUCUAA